GUAAUGAUUAAACGCAAAUAAUAAUUAAAACAAAAUAAAACCACUUAUGCCGUUUCUAAGGGCCGUUGCUGCAAUUUAAAAACAAAACCUUAUUUUUUAAACAGUGAUAUAUUUCUAUGAUUAGUUCAUAUUUAGUCAUAAAUAUAUAAUAUAUGUGUACUAUAAUUCUUGAAAAUUUCGACAUCUAGCACCGAUGACUAAUUUAAAAGUAAUCUACCUGCUUGUUUAUUUUCUGAUCGGAUUAGAUAACUCACUUUUAUCAGCAUGAACAGAUAACUGAACUAGUCCCAUGAAUAUAGAUAUACAGUUUCUACCAUUAAUACUUACGUGUAUUAGAAAUUAUCAGUUACAUUUACCUUAGUAAAAGUUGUUAUACAGUGAUAUGUUUGUAUUAUAAAAUUUGUAAUAAGAUACAGUGUUUAACGUUGUUACACUCCAUACCAUUUCAAAAUGCGUCUGAAAUUAAAUGUUGAAAUAAUAGUACUGCUAGCUCUUCCUGUGGUUAUUCAGUGCCAGUUAAACGCAGUCAAGUCUGAAGUCUUAGCAAUUUGUUACAAUGAAUCCGCCAUUCCUGGGAUUACCAUUGCUAAUAAUAGGCCACCAGCCACUUUGAAUGUUUUCCUGGAAAUAUUACGAAGAAUAGAAGAUGCUAACCCAGCGAUGGGAAUCAAUAACUUGGCAGCUUUAUUGAUACAAAAGCUUAGACAAAAUGGGAUAGAAGAAACACGAAGAGCAGUUAACAUAAAUAUUGCUUUACCUUAUGCACCAACUGGACAAGACGCUCUUAAAGGAACAAUCAUUUUUGACGAAUAUCUACCUACUUCACAAAUCAGAUUAUCUUAUGGAGAUCUUUCUAUGGCUGACGUGUGCGCAUUUCACUACAUGAUCUCAAAUUCAAUUAAUAAAACAAUUAGAGGUGAUGAAGACCAGACUUGUAUUAGGUCUGCUCGGUAUCAAAUGAGAAGAACCAGGGCUACUAGUAGAAAAGAUGUAGAAACAAUUGAGAAGCAAUCCCGCCAAUCGUUCGGUUCUACUGGAGAACCCAGUCUAUGCCCGAUUGAAAAAGGUGUAGUCUACAACGAUUAUGGGCCAUUUAAGGCUGGACAAGUGAUUCAGGGAUUGGCUGCUGGAUUGAACCAAGAAGUUGAUCCUAACAACGUGGACAAUAGAUAUGCAGCUACGUUAGCAGGAGAUUUAUGCCAAGCAGCGUUGAUUCAAAUGAGUCCACCUUUUCAGCUUGGCGGUUCAGGUGGCUGGAAUAGCACAACAAAUCCAAAAUAUUAUUUUCUCCAGCAGAACGAUAAUUUGGAUUUGACUGAUCAAGACAUUAGAGGAUCAUUAGAUGGACUCUACAUGGCACUAAAAAUAAAUGACAUCAAAGGAAAAACUGACGUUAAAAUUUCGCAAGUCCUAGAUAUGUAUUACUCUCCUCAACAAAAAGGAGUUUUUAAUACAUCUUUUAGGGCAUGUAACAGAAAUAUUCUUUAUUCUGAAUUGGUCGAUUCUAAAACUCUACAAAAAAAUAUCAACAAUCUUAUGUCAGUAAUGGACGAUAAGGGCCAAUAUCCUGGAUAUAUUGUUCCUGAAAAAUAUCCAACACUGGCCGAAGCAGCAUUUAACAACUUUGCAUCAUAUCUACCACGACUGAAUGUCGAUCUCCAAUGUCCUCAAUUGGAUUCUGGGAUAGAACGGGUCCGUACUGAUCUACUAAUUUUUAUAGAUCCAAAUUGGGAAUACAGAACAAUUCAACCUAUAUUAUCGUAUAUUUUGGAUAACAUCGAUGUUAACAAGUUUGCUUCAAGAUAUUCACUAUUUAGUGGAGCAGAUGCUUCGAAUAUCACUAAUAGUACAUCAUAUUUGUUGGAAUUUCAUAACAGUUAUAAUUUAAGUGUUCAUCAACGUUUGCCAAGAUCAUUUGACUAUUCAAAAGUAUAUGAAAAACUGGAGUCUGUUGCAAAGUCGAAACUUAACAACAACACUUACAAUGGUGGAGAGUCAACCAUCAUACUCCUGAUAACAAAGAAUGCACCAACCGGAAAUCAAGAAACGUUUGUGAAACAGAGGAAAGAAAUUAUAAAGCAGUAUCUACCAGAUCUCUCCCUUCUUGUUCUUGGAGAAGGAUCAUCUACCGACUAUUCUUCCAUGCUCCUUAAUCCUUCAAAAGAUUUUAUAUCUUUAUCAAGUACAACUAACGAUGAUAAUCUUAAGAACAUUGGACAAAACGUUGUGGAUGCAAUUAAAAGAAUUCCUCGAGCAAUUGUCAAUCCUGCCUGUGGUUCAAGCUUUGUAGGCAGUGCCAGCACAACAAGUUACUCCGAUUCAGUAGACUUGUAUGGAACGAACUACUAUAAAAUAUCUCCUUAUUACUUUGCCACUGGAAGCAAUGGAAGGAGUUUAAGAAUUACUGAACCAAGUACUGGUAGCAUCACUGUCUGUAUAUCGCGGGACAACGACAGACCAACAAGUUUAAAUGGCGAUUGUCAAACUCUACAGUCCAGUGUCAAGUCAUACGACCUCUCAAACUAUUGUGGCAACUACGCGAGAGACUGUUCUCCUAUUUAUUUGUCUAUAUAUGGAAAUUCUACACAGUAUCGCUGUACUGAUGCCACGUGCCGAUUUCCCAACAACAUUAAAUACAUCAUCUCGUUGGACAGCGUGGGAUGCACAAGCAGUGCCUUUGCCAUAGUUUCUAACUUUAUUUUAAUUGCUGCCUUAUUUUUACUGUUAAAGUUUUAAUUUUGUUUUAAUUUGUUAGGUAAGAUCAUUUUUAUAAAAAUAAAACAAGAAAUUUUAGAUCCAAAGUGUGUUCCAAAAUUAAGAAUUGUAUUUAUUCCUUUAGGUAAACUAUUAUCCCUUUAGUAUUUAAAGAAAUAUACUACUGAAUAAAAUGUAUAAAAUACAUAAAAUCCAUUGUUUGUAUGUUAUUGUCUUUUAAUUGUAAUUUUAACGAUUGCGUUGGAUUAAACAAAUAAUUUUUGUACUCUGUUUGUAUACUUUUAGAUUAGCACUGUAAAAUUAUUGGAAGCGAUGUUAAGUCUUGCUAUAUAUGAUGUUACCAUUAUAUGAUGUAUAGGUGUAAAAUAGAGAGAUUAAUAUGUACAA